AUGGUGUUUGGAAUUACCGGUCAAUACUUGUGGUGCGUGGUGCCACUGCUCGGCUUCGGAGUCGGAUGGUUUCUAGACAGGAAGGAAACGGAACGGAUGACCAUAUUCCGGGACAAGAGCAAACUGUACGGAAGAUUGCUGCAGGACGGAGAAAAACCAUCUUGGCCUUAG